AUGGGGCAUCCACUGGUCGUGUCAACGGAAACUAACGAAGUUGCAAUUGGGGAUGUUGACUUCCCACAAGUCACAGUCAGCCUUCCUGGAGGAUUUAACUACAGCGCGAUGGUUAAUGCCGAACGGAAUUUCUUACUGGCAAAGAUCGGUAAUGAUGUGGCUGAGGAUGAAUUCAGUUGGAGCCGUAAUGAUGCUGGUGGUCUUCUGCAAAUUAUCGAUCAAACAUGUUCCUUGGAUACUACAUAUGCUGGAUUGAACGAAGUUAACAAUCAGGAUAACAAUAACUUCAUCAAAAGUGUGAACAUCGACGGCUAUCAUUUAUAUGACGAUCCAACAACUAAGACAAUCAAGGAGAGAAUUAUUCCAUUUCUUAAAAAGGCAACAUAUAAUUGCGGCGACGUUAUCACUGGAUGCUUUCUCAACAGGAAAUCUAUCAACUGUGGUUUACUUUUCAAGAAACGGUUUUCGGAGUGGGGUGGAACAUGCAUGUUCAACGGUAUCCCUGGACCAGUUACAAGAAAAAUCCAGACAAUGCAGAGCGUUCUUAGCUUGGGGGAGUAUACCGCCGAAGAGAUCGAGAAAUGGAGUGUGGCUAAUCUGGACAAAGAUAUUCAGCAGAAAGAUGAAAGGGUUACAAAUAAAGGUGUCGACAAUAGUCGUACCCCAUGGCGACAAACAUCUCCCGGACGAACGUCGGGCUUAUCCUUCAUCAUAAAGGACGAGUCAGGUGAAAAAGGAAGCGUGCAUGGUGAAGGCACAGGGUUUAUUCUUACCGUUGCCCAUCCCUCUGACGAGCCAAAAAUUAAGAGGUUUGGGAAAUCCCUGCCUUUCGGGCAUGAGGUUUUUAUUUCGAUCACCCCAAUCUUGCUAUUGGCGGAUGAUGACAUCAAGAAAAUGGAACCGGACGAACGUGGUUACUAUUUUGGCGAUGACAAGGGAAAUGCAGAGCUAAAGUAUUACCAUAAGUACACGAAACGAAACUGCUUCGAGGAAUGUAUUUCUGACGCGGUCUUCAAUCAGUGUAACUGUACAGCAUUUGUGGCUCCUGAGGAAAUGUACGAUCUAGGCAUUCUAUCUGCUUGCCAAGCCUGUCUACCAAAUUGCCGACAGACCAAGUACACAAUCUCGGUUACGUCAAGUCCACUCACUCAGAAACACAUGACUGAGUACAGGGGGAGAUAUAAGGAGCAAUUAGAAAAUGAUGACACGUUCUCAAUCGUGUACGUCUACUUUGACAUGGAUUCAUACCAAGCGUCCCGACGAAGUGCCAGAUACAGCACUUUCGAAGAAGUCGGUCUCGUUGGGGGCACAAUUUCCAUGAUCACUGGUCUGACAUUGUUGGAUCUUAUCGAAGCAAUUGUCGUCAUCGCGGCUCUAAUUGCAGCUCAGCACAAGAUAAGGACAAUUGUCAGCAGCAUGGAAUUUAAUUGGGGCAGAUUUAUUCCACGCUUGACAUGGUUUGUCCCACCUCUCCAAGAAAUGAUUGAGCUACCCGUAAUUAAUGUCGACCCGUUGGACGCCCAAGAAAUUGUUGAUGGGUUUACGAUUGAUGUCGAGCCUCUGGAACCCCAAGAAACUGUCGAGCACCCAAUUGUCAUUAGUGGCCAAGCUGGAAAUCCUUCCCCUCCCCUGCACCCUCUGGAAGAUCUUCCUGGAUUUAUCGUCUGA